AUGGCCGCCAAGUCGUCUCCGGAUAUAACCAAAUAUCGAGGCCCUCGCAACCGAGAUAUUGGUCCGUCCCCCCUCAAAGAGCCUGAUCGGCUGAAGUCAAACAACGACGCGUUGCUGGCGGUGAAGGAUGACCUGGUGCUGGCCAGCACCACCAACAUCGCCCUGCUUCACGGACGUCGACUAGCGAAACUGCGCCACCCGUCGUGGAAUGGCGGCUACACUCUGCACCUGCUCUCGACGACGGCUGUGCUGCCAAUGAAGUGGCUCCCGCCGAUGGCACCGGAAAACAUAACCACGCCCCCUCAACCGUCGCCCGGGUCGUCAGCCAAGCUCAUGUCGUUAAUUGAUAUGGGGAAGAAGCAAUUAGUCGAUCAAUUCUACGAUACCCUGAUCAAUAACCUGUCGGACUCAACACCGUUGCAGGCGGGUCAUGACCAGAUGAAGAAAGCCAAUAAUAGCGCCCUCCCGCUGCCCAGCAUCAACAAGUUACUCGAUGGGUUUGACUACGACGUAGUGACUGACGGGUCCAAAUCCACCGAGAUGACCGACCACGACUUCCAGCGGCUCGUUCAGAACGGGGGGUUGAAGUACCAUGCUGCCAGUGACCGGCUUGAGAACGACGAUGACUUGACGGAUUUAUUACUUAAUAUUGAUAACCUUGUGGCAGUUUGGGACACCCAGGAGGGAGGCGAUACCCUUGAGCCACUCCAAGAGUUCAUGGACCUGGUAACCACUGCCUACGCCAGCAAUGCCGAGAAGCCAUUCCGCCAGGCUGAUUUCACCUCGGUGGAACUGCUCCAAGAACUUAACCGGCUUAAAGCCUACCUUGAGCGGCUUACCAAGCUGACGCGCGAUCUUCUCGCUACGUUAUCGACAGACAAAGACACCAUCAAGCUCAAGUACCAGCAGGCGAUCCGCGACAACGUCAACCGGCUCGCCGAGCUCCAAACGCAUGUGGAGGCGACGGAGUCCCGACUCAACCAGCUCCGCCAGCGGGCCAACCACCAAAAGCAAUUGAUCUGUAGCGAUCUCCCGCUGAAGAUGACGGUGGUCGAGGACAUCGCCGCCAAAGUCGCCGCCUCCAACGAGCAGACCCGCGCCAAGCGGUUCCGCCAUUUUAAUGUGGUGAUGGCGGUAGUGGUGGCAUUGGCGAUGGUAUUUGUGCUGGGGUACUACUACUACCAAUAG